UUUUAUUUAUUGAAAUAUACACAAUUUACAAUAUACUAUAAUGUUACGUAUACAAAAGAUAUUAUUAGCUGAAUUUAAAAACAUAUAUGAAUCAGUUUUAGUUGAGAAUCCUUUUACGCAAGUUGAUGAAAAUGGUUACGGUUUGAAGCAAUAUCAUAUAGGUGUUACAUAUACUAAAAUCCUAUUUGGCGUUGAUAAUUUUAUAUCAACAAAUCUGGACGAUAUUUAUUCACAGAACAUAGAUCCGGAAAUUGAAACAUUUGAGCUGACGUCCCUAAUACCAUUACAGCUUUUGAAAUUUCAAUUUUAUCGAAAAAGAAAUCGGUACAUAAUGCAAUUGACGCCUUGUCUUGAUGGAGUACAAACAAUGUAUUUUGAAUUUGGUGGCCAUAUGUACAAAAAUCUAUUUUGGAAUACAUGGCGAGAACACAUUGCGACAGUGCGACUUCAAUGUCAUCCAACAUUCUUCCAUAUAUCUGGUAUGUCACCUUUUUCGAGUUCAGAUGUGCUUGCUGAUGAAGAGAUCUUUAAGGCUGUUAUACAUGCAGAACCACGUCGCACUGUAAGUGUUUGCCUAAGUCAUAGUGGCAGUCUGUGAAUUCUUUGAGAUAUUAAAAACUAAUAUAUAGUUUGUUUUUGUCUUAUAUAUUUACACAAAAUAUAUAUUUUAUACAAAUAUAUUUUACAUUUAGAAUAGUUGAUAUAUUAAUGAAGUAUCUGUACAACGAUUAAAAAAGUUAAAUGAAUUUUUAGAUCGUAAGUUAUUUUUAAACAAAUAAACGCACAUCAUAUUUGAACAUAUUGAAAGGAACAAAAAAUGCGUACGAAAUUUUAUAAUAUGCACAAUUUUAUUGCACAAACGAUUGUAUCUGAUUAUGUGGUAAUUAAGUCUACAGAUAAAAGUUAAAACUAAUCAAAUAUUUUAAUUCUA